CCUUCCUUCCAAAAUCAGAGAGACAAAAAACGGUGUCCGAAGUUUCCCUAUUCGCUCUCUCCCUCUCUCGCUCGAGAUCAAACCCAGCUCUCUAUGUUUCUUUCAGACAUUUACACUGCGUAUAUGUACGUAUAAUCUGUAUGUAUGUACAUGUAUUUGUCUCUUGAUUCGUGCUCUCUGAUCUUUCACUCCCUCUUCAAACCCUAAACAAACUCCUCCACUCGAGAAACCCUAAUCAUCUUGUAUCAAUCCCUAUAUUCCUCUUGGAGCUCAAGGCAGCAUCAAUUGAAUUGUACGCCAGUUAAGCUUCUCUAGGAGAGACGACAGGAAGCGAGAUGAAUAUGCAACAAGCUGUACAGUCCAAACCUUCUUCCAAUGGGUUUGCUCGACGGCGAGGUGAGAGAGAUGUGGGUCCUAGGCUGGAGAGUAAGUCUGGAAAAUCAAAUACAAACAGAUUAAAUAAUACUGGUGCACCGGCUGGUGGCAGAGUUGGAAAUUUUGAGGGUCAUUCUCAUGAUCGUUUAGUUUAUAUGACAACAUGCCUUAUUGGGCAACCUGUACAAGUGCAGUUGAAAGAUGGAUCCAUAUAUUCUGGAAUAUUUCAUGCUGGGUUGGUUCACCCAUCCACUGCUGACCGGGAGUUUGGAGUUAUUUUGAAAAUGGCAUGCCUGACAAAGGAUGGUUCUUCUCGAUGGCAGAGGGCAGAGCUUGUUAACAAGCCUCCCACGAAAACUUUUAUCAUACCUGGCAAAGAGCUUGUACAAGUUGUAGCAAAGGAUGUGCCUGUCUCGGCAGAUGCGUUUUCAAAUGAUCUGCUACAUGAGAAGCACCAGGAAAUUUUACUCGACUCCAGCAUAUCACAUUCUCGUUUUGUGGACGUGGAGAGAGAACUGGAACGAUGGGUCCCUGAUAAUGAUGAUCCACAGUGUCCAGAACUGGAUGAUAUAUUUGGUGGCCCUUGGAAUAGGGGUUGGAAUCAGUUUGAAACGAAUGAAACAUUAUUUGGAGUAAAAAGCACUUUUGAUGAGGAACUCUACACCACAAAACUUGAAAGGGGUCCUCAGAUGAGAGAGCUGGAAAAGGAAGCUUUAAGGAUUGCCAGGGAAAUUGAGGGUGAGGAAACCCACGAUCUUCAUCUGGCAGAGGAAAGAGGUACAAGUUUCCAUGAUAAAUUUGAUAUUGAUGAGGAGACCAGAUUCUCUUCAGUCUAUAGAGGUAGUGGGGUUGAUGAUAGUGGAUAUGAAGAAAAUGAGGAUAGAUUGUUGGACUCUUGCAAUAUUGAAACCUUUGGAACAUCAUCUGCUCCUGUCGUCAAGAUGAACGCUGAUUUGAUCCAUCGGAAAAACAGUGAUGAAACUCAAUUGUUACCGAGCUCUUCCUUACUGGAUGAGGCAAAUUUCUCACAAUCAAAUGACGGUGCAAUUUAUUGUCCCACUGGUUCUUUCGAUCAAUCUAGUCAUGUGGCUUCUGAGUUAACUUCCAGCAGUUUCUCCAUCUCAGAAUGUGAAAACAGGAUUGAGGACAAUCCACGCAGUGGGCAUCAAGGAGAGAAUAUUUCUAAAGAACAUAUUCAAGAACAGAUGGUACUUCAGGAUGCUCAAUGGUCAAAACUUGAGGAUUCACAGUCGUCACUGAUUCGCAAGAAAGAUGGCUUGGACAAAGGGGCUCUAUCCUCUACUGCCACGGCUUAUUCUCCUCCAUCCCAUGUUUCAUUGACGGGUCACGAAAGGACCGUUUCUCCAGUUGAAUUGUCAGAGGUCGCAGUAUCUACCAAGGUACACAGUGAAGCACAAUUGGGGAAUGCUUCUGGGCGGCCUGGUAGUUCUGCAUCAUCAAGUUCUGGCUUUUUAAGUGCUGCUAAAGCUUCUAGUGGUCUCGGUGUGUCACCGAGCUCAUCUAUGGGUUCAUUAUCUUCUGAGAGAUCUACAUUGAACCCUCAUGCUAAGGAAUUUAAACUCAAUCCCAAUGCCAAGAGUUUCACCCCCUGUCAAACAUCUGUCAGGCCCGCUUCCCCUGUGUCCGACGGUUCCUUCUAUUAUCCAUCUGGGGUUUCUGCUGUACCACAUAUGCCUGGUGUGCCUAUGGGUGUAGGGAUUGGACCACCAUUUAGUGUGCACCAGCCUGUGCUUUUUAAUCCCCAGGUUGCUCCAAUGCAGACACCGCAAGCAUAUUUUCCUCCAACUGGGCAUCAGUUUGGCCAGCAGAUGCUUCUUGGCCAUCCAAGGCAAGUUCUGUACAUGCCCAGUUAUCAACAGGAAAUGCCAUAUAAAGGACGGGAUUUUUAGCCAGAUGAUUGGCUGACCCAAAUUCUUGGCAGUUUUAACUCUGCUCACAAAGAAUAAACUUCUGAGAGACUGCUUGGAAAAAAAAUUUGUUCAUGACCCCCUAAUCCAUGGAGUGUUCACUCUUUUCAGAUGUAUUUUAUUGCCCCGUACACCUUUCUUAUGCUGAAAUGAUUUAUUGACUUUGCUAACUUCAUAUUUUCUUCUUGUUUUUUUUUUUUCCUUUUGUGAUGAGUAGUGUGCUAUUAAAUGUCUGUUGCAUCUAGCGUAGCAUGGCUAACCAAUUCAUUUGUUUAGUUAAUCAUGAUAACUUGCCAAGUGCCUGGUUUGUGGAGAAUUAUAUUACUCAUGAAUCAAGUCUAUCAGCCAUAGCGUGCUAGUCUUUAGAAA